UUUUUUCUCGACCACCGGCCCGGCGGACGCUAGUUGUUGUUGUUUUCGGUUGGUCGCGUUCAGAAUGUUAUUAUUGUCAUUUUUCAUCUCUUGCAAAACACGCCGUUUUUUUAUUUAAAUAAACGACCGCCUACGCCCAGUGUUUUCGCCUUUAUUUAUUUAUAAAUGUGUUCAACGUGAGUGCCAGUGCGUGUGCAUGUGUGUAUAGGAUUGAUGAUUAGCUUGUAGAUCCGAGAAAUGCUCAGUUUUGGACACCGUUUCCGUCGCCGCCGUUGAUCUGCGCUCUUCGAACCCGGUUCGCUGUAGUAAUAUUAAAUUAUUCUACGAGUUUUUUUUUAAAUUUAAACCGACCACCGUCUGUGCCCGUGUGUUGUCUUUGAAUAGUUACAGUUCUGUAACGUUCUUAUCUAUCCGUCGUCCAGAUGCUGUGCGCCGAAGAGUUCAGUGGCAGCAUGGACGAGUCCGACUCCGGAGGAUUCAAAUCUCCAAUACGGCGUCUGGGAUCGACCAGGAAAAUAUUGUACUUCAACAAUAUUCGCCUUCAGCUGAACGAGCACCUAAGAUGCCUGGACAGCCGGGUCGAAGCUCAAGUGUCCCUGGUGUCCGAGCUUCAAGACUACUUCAGGAGGCGUGCUGAAGUCGAGAUGGACUACAGCAAGAGUCUCGACAAGCUGGCCAAAAGCUUGCAACUGCGCCAUAAAGAACAAAAACAAAAGAGAGAGCAGUGGUCGUUGUUUACUAGCUACUCGUGUUGGCAGCAAUUGGUGUUGCAGACAAAGAAUCUCAGCAAGGAUCACGGAGCUCUGAGCGAGCUCUACUCUACACAUCUAGUCAGCCGACUUUCUCAGGUCACAGAAGACGUUCAAAGGAUAUACAAAAGAUGUCGGGAGAUAUGUUACGAAAUUCACGAGGAGAUACUGCGUGUGCUACACGAGUUGCACACUACCAUGAAAACGUAUCAAUCGUAUCAAACGGAAGCAAAACAAGCCGAGGCCAAACUGAAGGUGGCCGAAAACCAAAGACUGAAAAUCGAGCAAGCGGUUCCUAAAGAGAAGCUCGAGAAAUCUAAGAAAGUCAGGCUUAUUGGAAAAGAAGUCCAAAAGCGAAAAAAUAAAUACUUUGACGCCAAGCUUAAAGCACUGAAAGCUCGCAACGAGUACAUACUGUGUCUCGAAGCCACCAACAGCACCGUGCACAAAUAUUUCGUCGACGACCUAUCAGACCUCAUGGACUGUAUGGACUUUGGGUUUCAUCAUUGCGUCACCAAAGCCAUGAAGAUGCAGACUUCGGCCGAAGGCGGCCGGAUACAUUCCAUGCAGGCCGGAUUGGAUGCCACUAACCUAGUCGUUUCGGCCAUGGACUCGGGUGUGGACAAACAGCGAUUUUUGGAAUUCAAUCACACCGCUUUUAUGAUACCCAAAAAAUUCGAAUUCCAAGGACAGAGAGACGAGUACGCGGAACCGGAAUUGCAAAAACUGCUUUGUGCCGACAUGGAAACGAGGCUGGAACAGUUAAAUCAGCGUGUGACAAAUUUGCACACCGAGUCGGACGAAGUGUGGAAGACAUUGGCGACCGCCGAAAAGACCCUUUUGGAGAUGCUCACGGCCAACGACUAUGAUUGCAGUACCUAUUUCGGCGACAAAGCCGUGCCCACGAGUAAACCACCGGAGACGGUGACGAUUAAGCUGCGAGCGGACAAACACGACACCGAGGAAUUUUACUUAACCAAACUACGGGAUUAUCUGAUGAGGACAAGUCGAAUAGUCCGUCUGGACGCCAAGCAACAGCACAUCAACGAAACGCUGACGUCUAUAUGCUUUAAGCGACCUCAAAACGGCAACUCGGACUCGACCCCGUCAAAACAGACACCCCAACGUCCGAUCCAUAAACCUAUUGUCAGGAGGAAGAGAAUCGGAAGGUUACAGAUGAACGGACAUCCGAAACUGUUUGGCGGUUCGCUCGAAGAAUAUUUGGACGCGACCAAUCAAGAAAUUCCGCUAAUUAUCAAAAGUUGUAUUCGAGUGAUCAACUUGUACGGUCUACACCAUCAAGGGAUUUUCCGCGUGUCCGGAUCGCAAGUGGAAAUAAACAACUUCAAGGACGCUUUCGAGAGGGGAGAAGAUCCGCUCGCCGACAUGACUGACGCUUCGGACAUCAAUUCCGUGGCCGGCGUAUUAAAGUUGUACCUCAGGGAACUCCGGGAACCGUUGUUUCCGAUCAUAUACUUUGAUCAGUUCAUGGAGCUUGCUCAACUGGAAUCGCGACAUCAGUUUGUGCUGAGGAUCAAAGAGCUGGUCCAGAGUUUCCCCAACCAAGUGAUCGUCAUGCUGCGAUACCUGUUCGCUUUUCUCAACCACUUAUCCGAGUUCAGUGACGAGAACAUGAUGGACGUGUACAACCUGGCCAUCUGCUUCGGGCCGACACUGGUGCCGGUGCCCGAGGAAAAGGACCAGGUGCAAUACCAGAAUCUGGUCAACGAUCUCAUCAAGAACAUCAUACUCUUCCACGAGGACAUUUUCCCAUCGUCUACCGAGAUCGGCGGGCUGGUGUAUGAAAAAUAUAUAUCCAGAGAACCGGACGACGUGGACGUGGGAGAUUCCCCUUCGGAUCACGCGCAAGAGGACAUCGACUCUGAGGUUUACCCGUCAGAAGACGAAUGCGAAAGCCUGGAAGCUACCGCUCAGUACGACUUUGUGGCUAGGUCCGACCGAGAAGUGAGUUUCUUGAAAGGCGCUUCGAUUGCUCUGCACAACCAAGUGUCCGGAGAUUGGUGGCGUGGAUGUGUCAAUGGCCGCGAGGGACUCAUACCCGAUAAAUACAUACUUCUCAAAAUGAGGGACGAGGAGAGGGAGAAAACCGCGGGGGUCGAGUCGUGUUCGAAAUCGAUCACCUCGUCGGACGACUCGACCCGACGGCGGACUUCCAGUUCGAACGAUUCCGUGCUGUCCGAGUCGGCCGCUUCCGGGUACUCGUCGCCGCCGCUCGGCGACGUACCGUGGCCGCCCAACGCAGCCGACCCUGCGGAAAAGAACGGCGGCGGAUGUUGCCCGGUGGCCACGUCCUCGUCGGCCACGUCUUCGUCGUCGUGCCCGUCCUCGUCGUCCGUGUCGCCCCCGCCCACGUCCCACCGGGUCUUGAUCAACGAUGCGCCCGCUCACGAGGUGGUCGACAGCAGCUCGGACAGUUUAGAUUCCGGCAAGGGUUCAACGGCGGACGAACCUGGAGUCGGGGCGACCAAUGCCGCCGACGACAAAGGAUGUAAGUACCACCACCACCACCACCCUGCCGUGGCCGUAGUGGCUCGAGAACACCACCACGGCCGGUCCAAGUCGGCCGACGGAGAGGGUGGUUCGCGGAAAAAGCACUCCAAGAGCCUGAGCGUGGGCGACGACUCGUUCGACCAGAAAAUCCAACUGUGGCGCAGACGGGCCGACUCGCAGGGGGCCAUGGACAAGCACAAUAAGAAACAACCCCAAGGCAAAGGUGGCGGCGAGAGAGCCCCCGACUUGGUGAUGGACUUGCCCGUAAGGAGCGCGGCACAAUCGCUGGGCGCGACCGCGGUGGUGUGCGGCGCCAAGAAGACCGCGGCCGACCCGGACAGCCCCGACAUGGGCACCGCGGCCGAGAGGUUCGCCAAGCAAAACCAGUGCACGUUGAAAAAGUACAGCAAGCCUCCUCCGGUGCCGACCAUCGGCGAUAAACCCGAAUUGCCGCCAAAACUGAACAAGCCGCCCAUCAAGGCGAAACCGCAAAUUUUCAAAAAACCUCCUUACCCCAAUCCGCCGCCCCCGCCGACACCGGGCACCACCACCGUCAAGACGGCCAACGACUCGGACGAAGCGUUGUCACUAAAUCAAUGACCACCGUUGAAGUCUCCGAUAACACACACCAAUAUAUAAGAAAACAGAUAGCUCACUCGGCCAUAAACAAAAGAAAUUUAAAAAAAAAAACAACUGAUAAAGAACUCACAAAUUUAUUUUUAUCUAAUCUUAUU